CUUUAUGUCAUAUAGGAAAAAUAAGGCACUUUGGAAGGGUUACAGCUCGCCUAAGACAUUCUAAGCAGGAAGAGAAAGGGGUUAGUUUCUGAAAUGGAUUUAAAUGAAUGUUAAUACGGUAAUAAAACCCAGCGAAUCCGCUUCCCCACUUCAAGGCUUUGUUUAAAGGAAUACAAAAGGAGGGGGAUAAGCAGCCCCGAAACGCAGCGGCACGGAGAGCCGGGAUGGGGCAGCAGCACCUGCCCUGCGAGAGGCUCCAAGAGCUGCGUGUGAGCUCAGCGACCGAAAUAUCCCUUCCCUGAAAUGACACCACGUGGGACCUCACAGAGCCCCUUCCCUCCACCCGGCCUGGAGCUCCGGGUCUGAUAAGGAGAGGAGAAAGCGGUGAAGGUCACCGGCUGCAGACGAGGCUCCGGGCUGAGCCCGGGGAGCGGGGACACAGCCAUCCCUGUGCGCCGAGGGGGGGCGGUGGGGGAGCGGCUGCCGGCAGCAGCAGCAGCCAAGCACUGCGGGCAAAGGCAGCGGGAGAACGUCUGAGCUGGGGAGGCUGAGAGGGCAGCGGCCGCCCCAGCGCCACGCAGACGUCCAUGGGGACGGGCGGAGGGGAGGCCCGCGGCUGCCAGCUCUGCUUUCGGCCGUGCAGAACGCUCGAGGCUCUGCGCUGCCACGGCGAGAGGCAAAGAUGGCAGGAGGAGAGCGCGGGCCCUGCAGCACGCACAGCUGCUCUGCUUUGCAAAGGUUGUCGCUGGCACCUCUCCUCCCCCCCUGCUGGGUUCAGAAACACGAGGCCCGCUCGGCGGCCCGGCGCCCCGCGAUUCCGCGGCACCGCUCACAGAUGGACACCUCACACGGGGAUCUCCACGCUCAGCUUUGUCCUAUCUGCAACCCCUCCGCUUGGGAUCCCGCACUUCUGCCUCUCAGCCCAGGUCUGAAAGCAGCCGUGGCUAAAAGCAGGCGUGCACAGCCAGAGCAGCACCCCUCCUGCUGCCAGCAGGGCUCCGGAGCAGGCGAGGCAAUAGGAGCACUGCUCCACCUGCAGCUGCACCGCUCACCCACGCAGCAUCCCCGUGCCAUAGGCGUGGAGCGACCACAGCGCCCCGAGGCACAGCCCUGCCCCACACGCUGGGCUGCAAGGAGUGUGGCACUUCUCUGGAUUUCACACGACAGAAAGACUCGCUCCCCUUUCCCAACAGGGGGCCAAGUCUACUUAAGGCAAUUUAAAAUUAACCCAGGUUUGGCAUUUGUGAGCUCCGCGCUUCCCUGUGUGAUAAUGCUGUCAGCCUGGCUUAGCUCAAAGGUCUGUUUUCCCCAGGAACCUGUCUCCAAGAGAAGCCAGAGGAGGAUGCUUACAGAAGGAGCAGAAAAACAGAGGCAGCCAUUCUCCUCCAGCCCCCCUCGCCCAGCGUGCAGCACCGAUCACUUUGCAUUUCCAAGUCCCUCCGCUGCACGACGGCUCGCUGCCACUCGAGGGCUUUCUUUCCCUCUUCCAGAACCUGCAAUGAGCGCUGCUCAGAUGUUCCCAGCCUGCUGGGAUGCCUCGCUGUGCCCUCUGCUCCGCACAGCCCAUUCGCACACAGAAACGGAAUGGUGGAGAGGCUGCUCAAUCUCUCCUGAUGGCGCUCAGGGCUGAGCCACAUCUCAGCCCGACCCACGGCCCAGCAAAGCCCCUCCUCCGGGCCCUCAUCUGCUCUGGCACACAUUAAAAAUGCACCAACGCACGCGAGAAAUCGGUAAGAACUCGAUGGCACCAAC